CACGCCGUGCAUGCUCUACGUCUGAACUGAUAACCAAUCCACUUUAAAACACAUCUCGCUUCUUCCUCCUCCUCCUCCUCCUCCUCCUCCUCUCGAGGCAGGCUGAUCUCAAAUUGUGAAAGUUGCUUGCCAUGGAUAGAACAAUCUAAUUGAAGAGAAAAGCGUCGAAACCCGAAACUAUUGAGAGUAAAAAUUGCUGCUUGCCCUCGUGAGCGCCCCAUAGCGAACUCAUACUGAUAUCGAUAUGCCACUUUCCCCCAUCCCCAAAGAAGAUGAAGCCUCCAAAACCCAUCUCUCCCUUUAGGCUCUCCUCCCUCCUCCGUCUCCAAAAGGACCCCACCCUCGCUCUCCAACUCUUCCGAAACCCUAACCCUAACUUUAAUCCCAAGAAGCCCUUGCGCUACUCCGUCCUUUCCUACGACCUCAUCAUCACCAAGCUCGGCCGCGCCAAGAUGUUCGACGAAAUGGAGCAAAUACUCCACCAACUUAAACAGGAGACCCGCUUCGCUCCCGGUGAAAUCAUCUUCUGCAAUGUCAUCUCCUUCUACGGCCGCGCCAACCUCCCCGACCGUGCUAUACAGACAUUUGAAUCAAUUACCGAUUACCGUUGCAAGCGGACCGUGAAAUCGGCUAAUUCGCUGUUGAACGCACUGUUGAGGUGUGGAGAGUUUGAGAAAGUGAGAGAAACUUUUCUCGGUAUUUAUAAAGACGGGACCCCGGACGCUUGUACAUAUAAUAUAUUGAUCCAUGCUUCUUGUCGGAUUGGCAGUUUGGAUGAUGCGUGGAACGUGUUUGAUGAAAUGCAAAGAAGGGGUGUUUUUCCAAAUGUGGUGACGUUUGGGACUUUGAUGUAUCAGCUCUGCAUGAAUUUUAGGUUGAAAGAAGCUUUUAAGUUGAAAGAGGAUAUGGUGUGCGUUUAUGGUGUUAAGCCUAAUGCGUAUGUGUAUACAUCAUUGAUUAGAGGGCUUUGUGGGAUUGACGAAUUGAGUUCGGCAUUUAGGCUUAAGGAGGAGAUGGUCAGAAAUGAGUUGAAAUUGGAUUCGGUGGUUUAUUCUAGUUUAAUUAAUGCGCUUUUUAAGGCUGGCAGGAAGGAAGAGGCUUCUGGGAUCUUGGAGGAAAUGAAAGAGCUUGGGUGUAAGCCUGAUACUGUGACUUACAAUGCUAUGAUUAAUGGGUUUUGUAAGGAGAAGGAUUUUGAAGCAGCAUUUAGAAUAUUGGAUGAGAUGGUGGAGAAGGGGUGUAAGCCGGAUGUUAUUAGUUAUAAUGUAAUAAUUGGUGGGUUAUGUAAGGAGGGUAAAUGGAUUGAAGCAAGAGAUUUGCUCGAAGAUUUGCCAAGACGUGGGUGUACUCCUGAUGUGGUGUCAUACCGGACACUUUUUGAUGGGCUAUGUCAUUGGAAGCAGUUUAAGGAAGCUGCGUUUAUUCUAGAGGAGAUGAUCUUCAAGGGCUUUGCACCUCGCAGUGCAAGUAUUAAUAAACUCGUAGAUGGAUUAUUUCAGGAAUGUAAUUUGGAGUUGCCAUUAACUGUUUUGAAUAGUCUGGGAAAAGGAAAUCUCGUUGAUGAAGAUACCUGGAGGAUAAUGGUUUUGAUGGCGUGUAAGAAAGAAAAGUUGUCAAAUUCCUCCAAGGUUGUUGACACUUUGGUGAUAACGUAAUUUUAGACUGUGACAGUUGAGAGUGAAUUUUGUUCAAUUGAAGGUGUGCUUCCCGAUCCCAUAAAGACUAGUUUCGUUGUGACUGGCAGUUCAUGUCUUUGUGCCACUCAAUAAUUGGCUGCAGCAUGACUCUGUCAUCAUGCGUGCUCGAAUGCUGUAUUAAAGCUUUCCAAGGCUAUAUCUCGCCAUCAAAAUCCCAAGUUUGACCAGUGGAGAAAUGGCAUUACUUGGAUUGCUCAGUUUGCUUUAGAUGCUGAGUUGGAAUUCCUUUUCCAUUUUCAUUUCAUCUCUCAUUGCUAGCAGCCCAAAAUCUCCAUUUCUGAAGUGUUUUAGCUAUGGAAAUCUCCGUCUGACCUAUUGUAUCAAUAGUUAUAGCAGUUUUAGCUGUCUUUUGAAAUUUCAAGGCUAUGCUAGUUCGUCUGUGGAACCAUUAUCCAAGUAGAAUUAAUUGGAAAGUUAUACCAA